AGCAUAAAAUAAAAGUUUGAAUUUGAGAAGAAUUUUCUUUCUCGCCCACCAAAUUCCAGAACGUAUCAAAAAAUCAAAAUGACGGAAAACGGAAAAGCGGCGAAGGUUCCGGUGGACGGAAAACGUAAUAUUCUGAUAACGAGUGCUUUGCCUUACGUCAACAACGUUCCUCAUCUCGGCAACAUCAUUGGAUGCGUUUUGAGUGCCGACGUGUUUGCUCGUUACUGUCGUUUGAGAGGUUACAAUGUUAUAUACAUUUGCGGUACUGAUGAAUAUGGAACUGCUACUGAAACUAAAGCUUUGACGGAAAAUUGUUCCCCUAAAGAAAUUUGUGACAAGUACCAUGCUAUUCAUAAGGAAGUUUAUGAAUGGUUCAAUAUAAGUUUCGAUAAAUUUGGGCGGACCUCUACACCUGAGCAAACUGAAGUUUGCCAGUCAAUUUUCAAAAAGAUAUUUGAUAACAAAUGGCUAUCUGAGAGAACAGAAGCACAGUUAUACUGUGAUACAUGUGAAAGGUUCUUAGCCGAUCGGCUAGUGGAAGGUACCUGCCCGCACUGUGAGUAUGAUCCUGCUCGAGGAGACCAAUGUGACAAAUGUAGCAAGGUUCUUGGUCCAAUAGAGUUGAAGAAUCCCAGGUGUAAGGUUUGUACAAAAAGUCCUCGUCUUCGUGAUACAGAUCACCUCUUUAUUGAGCUCCCUCUAUUGCAAGAUAAAUUGGAAAAGUACAUCAAUAAGAUGUCCGUGGACGGAUCAUGGUCUAAGAAUGCUAUUCAAAUAACAAAUUCAUCGCUCAGAGAUGGAUUAAAACAAGUUUGUAUUACCAGAGAUCUUAAGUGGGGGGUUCCUGUUCCGCAUGAAAAAUACAGUAACAAGGUCUUCUAUGUUUGGUUUGAUGCACCGAUUGGAUAUAUAUCAAUCACGGCAUCCUACACACAUGAAUGGGAGAAAUGGUGGAAAAACCCAGAGAAUGUGGAGCUGUAUCAGUUUAUGGGAAAGGACAAUGUGUUAUUCCACACUGUAUGUUUUCCAUCUUACCUACUCGGAACCGGUGAAAGUUGGACUUUGAUGAAGACUGUUAGUGUUACUGAUUACUUGAAGUAUGAAACAGGCAAGUUUUCUAAAAGCAACGGCGUCGGGGUAUUCGGUAACGAUGUGAAAGAUACUAAUAUUCCAGUUGAAGUAUGGAGAUAUUACCUUCUCAUAAAUAGGCCGGAGGAGGGAUCAGAUGCAGACUUUACAUGGCCUGACUUGCAAGCAAAAUUAAAUAACGAGUUGCUGAAUAAUUUGGGAAACUUCGUCAACCGAGUUCUGAGUUUCAUUGCCAAACCUGCAGGUGUAGGAUAUAAUUCCAUUAUUCCCAAUGUUCCUGAUGAUGUAAGCGGUGACUCGCAUAAUCCAACCAAAGAAUUGGCCGAUAAAGUUUCUGCAUAUUUGGAUCAAUACAUAGAAGCAAUGGAGAAGGUUAAACUAAAGCAAGGAUUAAAAAUUGCAAUGAGCAUAUCUAAAGAGGGGAAUGCAUAUUUGCAGCAAACCAAAUUUUGGCGCCUUUACAAGGAAAACCAAUCUCUCUGCUCCCUUGUUAUCAAAUCUGCUGCUGGAAUUGCAUACCUUCUUGCUAUUUUACUGGAACCUUUUAUGCCAUCUUUCACUCUUGAGGUAUUUAAGCAGCUCAAUUUGUCUCCGGAGAUACAUCUUUCACUUUCUGAUGAUAAAGAUAUUGAUAGAGUAAGAAGACCUUGGGAUAUCCUAAGUGCUGGUCAUAAAAUUGGAAUACCCAAGCCAUUGUUCAGAGAGCUGAAAAAUGAAGAAUUGGAGUUCUACAAGAAUAAGUUUGCAGGGAGUCAAGCUGAUAGGAUUGUACGUGCAGAGGCGGAAAAGGCUGCCGAGCAAUUGAAGAAAACAACAAUUGUUGCAACAGAUGGCAAAGGGAAGAAGAAAAACAAGUCUGCUGCUCAACAAUUUUAAAAACAAGUCUGCUGCUCAACAGAUAGCAAAAUCAUGUUUGGAUUGAUGCAUUACUAUUUUGACUGUAAUUUGACAUCUAGGAUAGUAUAAGGAAAAUGAUAAAUACAACGAAGGAUUUUUCCACGAAUUCAUCACGAUAGUGUAAUUUAACCACAUAAUACCACACCUAGAUUCCACCAAAUCCGGGAUUUAUGUGUUAACAAAACUGCUUUGCCAUUGUGUUGUAUAUAGGCAUUCUGAAA